GCCUGCAUGCUUUUAAAGGCACCUUUUCUCCUUUCUUUACCGGCUUUGGGACCGUUAUGGUGUUAAUGCUAUUGGGGAUGGAGGCUCUGCCUUUUAACGCCUAUCCCACAUCGCCCUGAGACCCAGCAAAAACUGAGGUGUCUCCAUCACUUUAUCUCACCGAGGGUUGACUCCCCAGCUGGGAUAGGAGCUCCCCAAAUCAGCACCCUGCCUCCCUGAGUUGCAUUUGCGAAAUGGGGUAUUUUCCCUGGAUCACAGCAUUGCAAUGAUCCAGGCCACCAGCAGCAGCCGAGGUCCCAUAGAAAUCCUGCUGGCAGCUGGAAGCAGCUCUCGCUGGAGCAGCCAGCCCCAGGGAUGGGUAUCGGGAGGAGGGGGCUCCAGUGGGAUCUUUUCCCCUGCUCCAAAGCCUUUCCAGUUAUCGCUGCGGGAACCUGCAGAAAGUUGCAGUUUGCAGCUCUGACAUUGCCCGAGGGAGCUGUUUUGCUCACCAUAAUUUUCAUCUUGGCUUGAUGGACCCAGCAGAUGUGAGAGGCCAUGGAAGAAAUUGCAGCGCCCUGCAACCGCCCUGCACCUCAGCCUCGUGUCGGCAGCGAAGAUGAGACCCAGGGCCACAAGCCCAAUACUGAGGAAGUCGCACGGUCCUGCCCUUCUCCGGCUUUGGGCUCCUCCAUGGUCCUUCUGCACAGUCCACUUCGAGGUCCCUCUGAUUUGGUGUCCGACAGUGUCGCUUGCUUCUCUCUCUGCAGGAAGAGCAAUGAAAUUUCGGGUGCAGACCGGCCCUGAGCGACAGCCCCCGCCCUGGGUGCGCGCGUGUGAAGGCUCCGCGGGGACCCGGCUCUCCCAGCACGCGUCCAGCUCCAUCCUCAGCUCGUCCGGCCCCAGCGCUCGUUAGCAGGCAGGGGAACGCCGGACGCAGGGUUGUCCUCGGUCCUCGGAGCUGCUCCCUGCUCGCUCCAGACCCCCGCUCCGGGGAAUUGGGGCACGGGGGAGACCGGCUCUGGGCGACGGCGUGAGGGGCAAAGCCGUCGGCUCCGGGCAGCAUGGAGCUCCCGUCCUCCCGGGCGCUGCCGUCCCUCAUCGUGUGGUGCUUCGUCACCUUCCAGGCGGCCACCUGCGUGCAGGAGCAGCCCCACAGCCACGCCGAGGAGCGUCUCUUCAAGUACCUCUUCACCGGCUACAACCGGUGGUCGCGGCCGGUGCCCAACACCUCCGACGUCGUCAUCGUCAAGUUCGGGCUGUCCAUCGCGCAGCUGAUCGACGUGGAUGAGAAGAACCAAAUGAUGACCACGAACGUCUGGCUGAAGCAGGAGUGGAGCGACUACAAGCUGCGCUGGAACCCGGCGGACUUUGACAACGUCACUUCCAUCCGCGUGCCCUCCGAGAUGAUCUGGAUCCCCGACAUCGUGCUCUACAACAACGCCGAUGGGGAGUUCGCCGUGACCCACAUGACGAAGGCCCACCUCUUCUCCAACGGGAAGGUGAAGUGGGUGCCGCCCGCCAUCUACAAGAGCUCCUGCAGCAUCGACGUCACCUUCUUCCCCUUUGACCAGCAGAACUGUAAGAUGAAAUUUGGCUCCUGGACCUACGACAAGGCCAAGAUCGACCUGGAGAACAUGGAGCACCACGUGGACCUCAAGGACUACUGGGAGAGCGGCGAGUGGGCCAUCAUCAAUGCCAUCGGCACCUACAACUCCAAGAAAUACGACUGCUGCACUGAGAUCUACCCCGACAUCACCUUCUGCUUCAUCAUCCGCCGCCUCCCACUUUUCUACACCAUCAAUCUCAUCAUACCCUGCCUGCUUAUCUCCUGCUUGACCGUGCUGGUCUUCUACCUGCCCUCCGACUGCGGGGAGAAGAUCACGCUCUGCAUCUCUGUCCUGCUGUCCCUCACCGUGUUCCUGCUGCUCAUCACGGAAAUCAUCCCUUCCACCUCCCUGGUCAUCCCUCUGAUCGGCGAGUACCUCCUCUUCACCAUGAUCUUCGUCACGCUCUCCAUCAUCAUCACCGUCUUCGUCCUCAACGUCCACCACCGCUCCCCCAGCACCCACAAGAUGCCCUGCUGGGUGCGGAGCUUCUUCCUGGACUUCAUCCCUCGGUGGCUCUUCAUGAAGCGGCCGCCUGCGCUGCCUCCCGGCGACGGGGCCGCCGGGCAGUACGACCUGCCGGGGACGAGGCUCAGCACCUCCCGGUGCUGGCUGGAAACCGACGUGGAUGACAAGUGGGAGGAAGAAGAGGAGGAGGAGGAGGAGGAGGAGGAGGAAGAGGAGAAGACGUACCCCAGCCGCGUGCCCCAGGCAGGCCCCCACGCCCAGGGCGCCCAGUGCCGCUACGUUUGUGGGCGCCAGUUCAGGAAGGCGUUGGGGGGCCCGAGGGUGCCCCCCAAGGGCGACGACGCCGGUUCAGAGCAGGGGCUGCUGCUGUCCCCCAGCAUCCUGAAGGCUUUGGAAGGGGUGCAGUACAUCGCUGACCACCUGCGAGCAGAGGACGCCGACUUCUCGGUGAAGGAGGACUGGAAGUACGUGGCCAUGGUGAUAGACCGCAUCUUCCUCUGGAUGUUCAUCAUCGUCUGCUUGCUGGGGACCGUGGGGCUCUUCCUCCCGCCCUACCUGGCGGGGAUGAUCUAGGGGCACAGCUGGGCGGGGGGCAUGGGCACAGCCUCCUCCCCAGGAGCCGCAGCGGACACUGUGCACGGGCACCGGCUCCCUCCGGCAGCAAGGACGCUCCGAUGAGUCCAGCAUCUGCCCUCGAGCACGCGCUGUGGCCCCGUCCCGUCAGAGCUUGUCCUUCCCUGGCAGCGUCUUGGGGUGCAGUGGGGACCACGGUGGGAAAUGCAGUCAGAGCUGGCUGCAGGGGGGUGAAGCAAGAGCUCUGCUGUGGGGGGUGACCUGUCCCCAUUGGGAUGCAGGUGGGGAAGGAUGGCCGUGCACAUCGGAGGCUGACCAGGUAACAGGUAAAGGCUCCUGGUCAUUCAGGGAGCUCUGCUUUGCAAAGCCCAGCCCAGCCCAGGCACACCUCGAGUCCAAUCAGUGAGGGCCUCCAUAACCCACAAGCCCAAGCCGUUGCUUUCUCACCCACUCAGAGACAGCAGGGAGAUGGAGACAGCUGAAUCGGAAAGGUGGGUGGCUUGGUGAAGCCCAGACAAAUGGACCUCUCCAGCUUGCAGCAAAGAUUACCCGGCUGCUUUCUUCCACUCCCUGCCUGCCUCAGGCUGUAGCUCCAGCACCACCUCGCUCUGACGAUUACAGUCCAGCUUUUAAUUCUAGCUUCAAUGUAUCCUGGAAGACCAAGCCUUACAAGGGCUCUAGUCUCUCCUUCAGCACCCUGAGAGACACCAGGUUUCUGCUGCUACGUUUUCUGCUCCAGGAGACCAAACCAGAAAUCACAGCGUUGGAUGCAGUCCGGGGGUUUCAGAAGAAGCACCCAGGAGGAAACUAGGCUGGUGCCGCUGAGAGCUCUUAACAUCCCGGGGGUGUUACAGCCUUGGGGCACGCAGCCUGGGGCUGGGAAAAGGGAUGCCCGAGGGAGCAAGUGCCCAGGCACGGCUGGCUGGAUGCGUGUUUGUGCAGAAGCGCAUAGAUGUAUUUAUUAUUCCUGGAUUUGGCCAGCACCCACCAGCCCUCAGGUGUUUUUGGUAGUAAGCCCUGGAGGAGGAGCAGGGGGAGAACGAGGAGCUUGGGCCUCUCGUAGGGAU